ACGUAUAGCAUGAGCAGCUGCUUCUGCGUGUUAAAUUUUGCCACGCCAAACUUAUACCAAUACACCAUUCAUUUGUAAGAAAUGUUUUUUUUCUUCAUUUUUUAAUUGAAAAAUAUACCUACUUACUACAUUUAACAUUUACACGAGUACGACAUCAAAAGACAUACUCAAAAGAGCUAUUGAGGCUCAGUUGAACGUAAUCUGAUUUUCUGUGUGAUAAAAGUAUUUAAGUAGAGCGUAGAUUUCAUUCUAAACCGAGGCUCUGAAGACAAGAUCUGUAAAAUAAGCAGAGAAAUUUCAAUUUUAGUAAAAAUAUUAAACUGCGUUCAGAUUUCAUUAGUUUUACAUGUCACAUAUUUGUGUAAUGUGCCCGGUAUUGUUCUAAUUCAUAUAAAUCUCUAUGUCCAUUUUGUAUACCAAACAAGCGCAUACACACAAAUACAUUUACAAACAAUUUUUGCAACACAUCUAAUCGCAUCGAAUGUGUUUCAAGUCUUGGAAGAACAAAGUUUGGAAUAACUUUCAUUAAAGACUAAAAUGAUUUUGAAUUUGAAAAAAGGUAAUUUUAAAGGGAAAAAAAUACUCACUCGAGCUGUUUGAUGGAAAUACUAGAAUAUUUCUAUUCUAGGAGCCAAAACCGAAUUAUCGUCCGAACUUGACGAAUGUGCAGCUGCGACUAAGGCAUAUGUGCACAUAUUCCCCGUGUAUUACUUUCUCCCUUUUGUGAUUUCGUAUGGGCGCAAGCGUAUACUGUAUCGAUCGAAUAUGAACACCACUUUUUUUUUUAUAACAAAGAAGUUUAUUGUUUGUUCGGAACAUUUGAACAAUAUACACUAUGCACUGCUUUUUAUUGAUUAACUACAUUGGGCUGAAUUAGAUUAAUAAAAAUCAUUCAUCUUCUAACUAAGACUGCACUGAGAAAAAAAAUUGCGGUUCAUAUAUCUUAUCUUGAAAAUAAAGUUCAUUUCCAGUCAUUUUUUUUUGUUAACAUGAUUAAUGAAUCUUUGAUGAUAAUCCAAUGCAAAAUAAAACAUGAAAACCAAAAAUAUGUGUUUUCAUAAGGAAUAUUUUUUUCUGGCUGUUCGAAAAACAUGAUUUAUUUUAUACCGAUUGAGUUAUAAUUGAAGGAUCCGUCUCGAACUGAUCUACGAAUCCAAUAGAAAUUUUGUUCGUAUGAAGAAAAAAAUUGAAAGAAAUGCAAUGUUUCUUAUUCGCAAAUACCAACGGUUUAUUCAUUGAAAAAAUGAGUGAGAAAUUCAAAGCAUUCUUGGUAAAAAUCACAUAGUUAAACUCUCAAUUUGUAUGAUUAUUAGUAUUUUCAAUUGCUUUCAAGUAAAGUUCAAUUGAUCUGAGUGUUAAAUUCAUUCGAAAAAAAAAUCGUCUUUCAGAGACCUGCUGAAACUCGUUAAGACAUACGGUGCAUAUGGAAUGAGCUACGGGCCAAUUUGGAAUUUCGGAAAUUUGCCACAGAGAAGAAAUCAUGCGAACGUGAGUAAGCGUUCGGGGCACAAGUUAAUGUGUAUUUCUCAGCAGAUGUAUGCAGAAAAUCCGUUGAAACCAUAAUCAAUGCCACUUAUCUUGUUGCGAUCAAAACAUUUGAUAAAUGGCCGUUUCUCGUUCAUGGCAAUCUCAAUCGAACAUAGAAUUAUUGUAACACACUUUGUUAAAAUUCCUACUCUACAGUUAAGUAAUGCUCACAGAGCAUUCAAAUCAUACAUUUUACGGCUCCAGAAAAGUCAAAAGCCAAAAAUGGAGAAAAACAGUCAAAUUAAUUUGAUUUUAGCGCCAAUUCACUCGUUUCACUCAUGUCAGUUUCUGUGAGUUUUGACAGUCGAGUCGAAUGUUUUCGAUAAACAUCGCACUGCUCAUGCACAAACUGACGCAUACACGCGGACACAGAAAACGACUUGUAUAAAUACACAAAGGAAACGUACACAUGAAAAGAGCAGGAAAAACAUAAAUAUAUUUACUCGGUUAUAAGGGAACAACAAUUGUCAAGAAGAAAUAAAGAAAAAAUGUUGUGUUGUUGUUCGAUGUAAUGUGAUGAUGGUAUGUUUUUUUCUUACCAAAAUCGAUGAUUCGGGUACUGGAUUUGAUGUUGUGCUUACAAAAAUUACGAGAUAACUAAACGUCAACCGAUUUUAUUCACCGAAAUUCCAUUCAAUUGGCAAUAAACGCGUUUCACCGUUUCGUCGUAUUGUGUGAUUGCUUUGCUACGUAUAUAGAGUGUAAAACUAUAGGCUAAACAGCCAAUCGACUUGACGAAAUAAUAGGAAAAAAAAACAAAUUUGCACCGAGAAUUAUGUCAUUCUUCAACUAUAUUUUAUCACCUCGGCUGUACAAAGUGUAUCGCGACGGUUCGAUACAGAAGCUCUACGAGCCCGGUGGUUUCGAGAAAUGGGGCGAUCAAAUCAUUUCAACGCUUUCUCUCAUGUGGAACAUUAGUUAUUACACAUCACCAUUGAUAAUAACGUUUCUGUAUCGACGUGGCUAUUUUGUGGCUGAGUCGAUAACUUCAUUUGCUAAAGUAUCCACUGGAAUUGGUCUACUCGUGGUCAUUUCGCUGUGCAUGAGAGGAUUUGGCCGAUCAUCGAGUGUGAGCUAUCGAAAUUUUGUGAAAGCAUUAGAACAGGCCAAAGAAAAUGUGUCCAAUCAAAACUUAAAGGAUAAACUUCGCGCGUACGAUUUUGAAUUUAAAGACUGGCCAGUUGAUUUUAAUGUGAAAGAUGUCAAUGGAGAUCCGAGCAAGCGUUAUGAUGUGACGUUGAAUACUAAUCGAACGAAACCAUUUUGGAUUUCAACGUUGCCAUGUGAAAUUGCCGCUUAUAUUGCCAUUCACACAUUUGGUAUUCGUAUGAUAUACCCGGGUUCGAUUAGGCUUCUGCAAAGUUUUCUACACCCGAUUUUGGUGCAAGGCCGUGCAAAAUUGGUCGAAGAAGAGUCGGCCAUACGCUAUAAAUUAAGAACUAUCGAUGGCAAUGAUAUUGAUACGGUGUUCAUUGACCAUCGUGCCGAUAACACUGAAAAGAAUGCCAAUGGUCGAACAUUGGUCAUUUGUUCGGAGGGUAAUGCUGGUUUCUAUGAGAUUGGCAUUAUGACUACUCCAAUAGCAAUGAAAUACUCCGUUCUGGGAUGGAAUCAUCCAGGUUUUGGUGGAAGUACGGGCUUACCAUAUCCACAACAAGAUCAGAAUGCAAUUGAUGCUGUCAUGCAAUUUGCCAUACAUAAGCUGGGCUUUCAACCAGAAGAAAUUCUACUGUUUGGUUGGAGUAUCGGUGGCUACUCUUCGUUGGUCGCAGCAACACAAUAUCCAGACGUCAAAGGAGUGGUUCUUGAUGCAACAUUCGACGAUGUACUGCAAUUGGCAAUACCCCGUAUGCCCAACAGCAUAUCCGGCAUAGUUCGAAUUGCAAUCAGAGACUAUGUCAAUCUCAAUAACAUUGAAUUGAUAAAUCAGUAUAAUGGCCCGGUAUUAUUGAUUCGUCGCACUGAAGAUGAGAUUAUUGCCGAAGAUAAUGAGCUGGCUACGAAUCGUGGGAAUCAUUUGCUGAUUCACUUAUUAAAAACGCGAUUCCCAAAUAUUUUCCAAACCGAGCAAAUUGAACGGAUUACCAAGAAGUUGUCUCAACCGCUCGAGAAAGCAAAAGACUCAACUGGUUCCGAUGAACUGAUGCAUUCACUUCUGUUGUCAUACGUAUCGGAGAACUCAAAACAGUAUCCAGUCGAUAUUGGCGAGGAAUAUACAAUGGACUUACGAAAUCAAAUGUCCGAGUAUUUGGUUCGAAAGCAUUUAAUUGAUUUUAAGUCAACUCAUUGUACACCGCUGCCGACGGAAAACUUUCGGAUUCCAUGGGAUUUGCCCACCGUUGAAAAUGGCUUUAUUUUCACAUAAAACCCGUGAAUGAUACAUGCAUUUAAAUGAAAAUCGUACUAGAGUAUGUUUUUGUCUUUCUAAAUUAACUGUCGGUGAAUCAAAUGUGAUGGCCAAAGUCACACAUCUUCAAAGAAGCUUGAACAUUUUUUUUCUCUUUUCUUUCUCAAUUUUAAAUGAUGCAAUUAUUAUAAUAAAAAGUAUGCAAAGUAAAUAAAAAUAAAAGGAGCGAGAGUUUCAAA